AUGCCCUUCGAAAGCCGCUGCUGGGAAACCUUGCAGGCGCUGCGCAGUUCCGACAAAGGCCGCCUCUGCUACCACCGUGACUGGUUGGUGCGAGGAGAGGAUAUUUUAGAAGAAUGUAUGUCUCUUCCUAAGCUAUCUGCUUAUUCCGGAUGGGUGGUAGAUCAUGUCUUACCCUAUUCACAAGAGAACUCAAGAGACGCCUCUGAGGCGUCAUCACUGUCUGGAUCUACUUCAGCCCUACACCAAUCCUCAUUUGUUCCCAAAUCUCCUACCAGAAACCCUGCAUUCACACCAGCCUCCCCCACAACACCAGAUGGAACCAAGGACAAACAUGAAUCCCAGCACACAGAGUCUAUGCUACUUCCAUCCUCCCGGGGGAUCAAGGUGGAAGGCUGCAUUCGAAUGUAUGAACUAGUGCACAGAAUGAAAGGAAUAGAGGGCCUGAGGCAAUGGCAGGAGGAACAGGAGAGAAAGGUGCGAGCCCUCUCUGAGAUGGCAUCUGAACAACUAAAGCGGUUUGAUGAACUGAAAGAAUUGAAGCAACAUAAAGAAUUCCAGGACUUACAGGAAGUCAUGGAGAAGAGUACCAGAGAAGUCCUGGGGCACCAGGAGAAGCUAAAAGCUGAGCAUCGACACAGAGCAAAGAUUCUGAACCUGAAGCUGAGGGAGGCAGAGCAGCAGCGCCUGAAGCAAGUGGAGCGGGAGCGGCUUCGGAAGGAGGAAGGCCAGAUUCGCCUGCGGAGCCUCUAUGCACUGCAGGAGGAGGUGCUGCAGCUCAACCAGCAGCUGGAUUCCUCUGACCAGCACAAAGACCUGCUGAAGAUAGACCUGUCUGUCUUCAGGACCCGGGGCAACCAGCUGUGCAGCCUCAUCUCAGGGAUCAUUCGUGCCACCUCAGAGAAUGACUUUCCUACAGCAGAGGACCAAGCUGCGGCUGAGCAAGCUCUACAGGAAAUGCGGGACCUCCUUACGAACUUGCAGCAGGAGAUCACCAGAGCCUGUGAAGACAAGCGGAGGCAGGAUGAAGAGGAGGCUCAGGUAAAACAGCGAGAGUCACAGGCCCAGCAGAGACCAGAGGCCCAAAAAGAGUCCCCAGCUCCCAGGCAUAGCCCAGGAGAGAAAAAGAAUGAAGACCUCCAGGUGAAGGUACAAGACAGUACCAUGCAGUGGUACCAGCAGCUGCAGGAUGCUUCCAGUCAGUGUGUGUUGGCUUUUGAGGGACUGACCAGCAGUAAGGACAGUCAGACCAAAAAGAUAAAGAUGGACCUCCAGAAGGCUGCCACCAUCCCAGUGAGCCAAAUCUCCACCAUUGCAGGCUCGAAGCUGAAGGAGAUCUUUGACAAAAUCCAUAGCCUGCUCUCUGGAAAGCCUGUUCAAUCUGCUGGACGCUCUGUGUCUGUCACACUCAACCCACAGGGACUGGACUUUGUCCAGUACAAACUGGCAGAGAAAUUUGUGAAACAAGGAGAAGAGGAGGUGGCCUCCCAUCAUGAAGCAGCAUUCCCCAUUGCAGUUGUGGCGUCUGGGAUCUGGGAACUCCACCCCAAAGUAGGGGACCUCAUUCUUGCUCAUCUACAUAAGAAGUGUCCUUACUCAGUUCCUUUCUAUCCACCUUUCAAAGAGGGAAUGCCUUUGAAAGACUAUCAGAGGAUGCUUGGCUACCAAGUAAAAGAUUCCAAAGUGGAGCAGCAGGAUAACUUUCUAAAACGCAUGUCUGGGAUGAUCCGUCUCUAUGCUGCCAUCAUCCAGCUCCGGUGGCCAUAUGGGAACCGACAAGAGGUAUUUGGAAUUGAAGCCAUCACAAGCUCGGGACAGAUGGGUUCCUUUAUACGCCUCAAACAGUUCUUAGAGAAAUGUUUGCAGCGCAAGGAGAUUCCUCUCCCCGAGGGCUUUCUGACUUCUUCCUUCUGGCGUGCCUGA